UAUAGAAACAACUUGAAACAGCUGAGCUAAAAAUUGAUUAUUUUGCUUCUUCCGGGUCAAGGGUUGGAGUUCGAAAGACUUGGCUGGAACAGUUUAAAAAUGGCGGACAGAAACCAGGACAGAAACAAGGAAGGAGAGAAGAAGAAGAAAGAGAGUAUCUUUGACCUGUCAAAGUACAUUGAUAAACAAAUCCGUGUGAAGUUUCAGGGAGGACGAGAGGCCAGUGGAGUCCUGAAGGGGUUUGACCCCCUGUUGAACCUGGUAUUGGACAGCACCAUCGAGUACUUGCGGGAUCCUGACGACCAGUUCAAGUUGACUGAGGACACGCGGCAGCUGGGCCUGGUGGUUUGUAGAGGGACGUCCGUGGUGCUCAUCUGUCCUCAGGAUGGCAUGGAAGCCAUCCCCAACCCCUUCAUCCAGCAGCAGGACGGAUAGUCGGCCAGUCUCAUUCCUCUCGGAUAACCUCACAGUAGUCCAAUUGCUGGGGUGUAUGUCAAUUGUAUUUCCUUGAUUCCUCGCAUCCUCUACUUGUCUCCUUCGCAAAAUGCAUUGGAGAAGAUCCGAGGGUGGGGAAUGUAAGAUUUACUCCAUGUGCUUUGAGAAGGAGACAAGGAGGGAGGAUGUGAGGAUUCAAUUAAAUAUAAUUGAGAUUAACUCCUAUGCUCCACUGUCCCAUCUCCCCAAGGUGUACGUCAUGUUUACAGCCCCACACGUCUUUGAGUCCCUAUAAUCAGGAAAAUCAUUUUGUUGUAAUUUAGUUGGUGUUGCCAACCUGAAUAUUGAUCUAGCAGGGUAUGGUGUGAUGGCAUGUAUUUUGUUUAUAACUGAAGAAUAGUGAUUUAAAUGUUAUUUUUUGGCGGGGAAGUGUCUCUGACUGCAGAUUUUUUGUUGUUGCUGUGAUGGUAAACACUGAAAAUGGUUUUAUUACUUUUUACUACUGUUUUCCCAGUCAGGCCAGGAUUGAAUGAUAUGGCAUAUUAUGUUUUUACAUUCCAAAUGUAAUACAUUGACUAUUUUCUUUA